AUGUCGUCGGCUACUAAUCUCUCGCACAGGCGCACACAUAAUCUAUUGUUGAUAUCGAAAUUGCUUAGUCUGCGCGACACUGCGUCUCCGCUGACGUUGGUCUUGGACUCGUUGGAACAGCCCGCACAGCCGUUGUUGAAUGAGUAUAUUCGACGAGCGCAGAUAUCAAAAGUCCAUGUUACAUUCGUCUCCUUCGAGACGCUGAAAAGACCCAAUGGCGUCGACUCCUUCAUCCUUGCGACGCGCAAGAAGCCCGUUGAUGUAGCCAAAGAGGUUACGGCGGGGUAUUCUAAUUCUUCACAUAAACGGCGGCUGAUUAUUAUCGACGCUAUUAAUCCCCUUCUCAGCAAACCCGGUAUUCAUCUUCCAUCCUAUCUUGGUUCACUCAUCGCACCGGUCAACGUUGCGCCCGGCUCAGUACCGAUCCAGACUUCAUUGGUAGUAACAUAUCACCGCGACGUUGUGCCCACCAAACCUCAGCAAAGCUAUGCGCCGUCAGAUCUGUCAAUGCUAAGCUACCUAUCCACAACAAUAAUAACGCUCCACUCCCUAUCGCACAUCCUCGCCCAAAAAGCAGCCCAUGACCGAAGUCUUGCAGCACCUGUCUUCGGCCUUGAAGAACAACAAGAAGGAAUCCUCGUCGGCAAAACAGACCAUUCAAAGGGCCAGGAACACGUCGAAGGUCUCGUGAUCGAAAUGGAGCAUCGACGGAAAAGUGGUCGUGGGGUUGUGGAGUGGUACUUCUUACCGCCUGCGAGUCGUUAUUCAGCGCAGGAAGUCAAAGAAGUCAUCACAUUACUUGAGGAUCAUCCUUUGUAUCGACGACCGGAGGAUGAUAUGGAUUCAGCCGAGCAGGAUGAGCCGGGAUCGACUUUUGAGUUAAAGCUUACGGAACGCCAGCGUCGGGAUCGGGAGGGUGUUGUUUUACCGUAUUUUGACGCUCAGAGCGGCGAUGGUCCGGGUGAAGGGGGGCGCAUUUUGUAUGAUAUGGGAGAGGAGGAUGACUUUGACGAGGAAGAGGAUGAGAUUUGA